AUGGUUCGCCUAAUGGACGGGUCAAUGUCAGUGCAACUGAAGCAGUUUGGAUAUGAUUGUAAUGCCCUGGAAAAUAAGCCACACUGGUCAUUCCCAGCUAAUAGCGACAUGCACCUUAUGGAACAAGUUUAUCGAUCAUUCCUGGAUCUUGGUUCAAAAAUUAUCACAACGAACACUUAUCAUUUUGGGAGUACUUUGGACCGAAAAUUGGACAAAAAUGAGGAGAAUUUUGAGAAAACCUGCAAUCUACUAGUCAAUCUGGCUAAAGAAUACGAGGGAAUUCGAAUUUUUGGGUCCGUUGGAACCCUGGCGACUUUUUAUCAUGAUUUAUCAGAAUACAGCGGGAAAUAUAUGGAUUUGCCGGAUGCUGAGACAACUGCUUUCAACUAUUUCCACAAGAUUUUAACAAUUUUUCAAGGAAAAACGAAAAUUCGAAAUUUGAUUUUCGAAACGAUUCCAUCGGCUCUAGAAGCUACAGUAGCCCUGGAUGUGCUGGAGCAAUUUCCAGAAAUGAAGGCGAUUUUCAGUUUUACGUUCAAGGAAAACGCUCAUCUCCGCCACGGGGAACACAUUGAGACCAUCCUUGUAAAACUAAAAAAAUCGAAACAAAUUUUCGGAAUUGGGAUCAAUUGUACGGAUCCGGAAAAUGUGUUAUCAGUGUUAAAAUCAGUCAAAAAUUUGGGAUUUCCAGAAAUUUUCGUGUACCCAAAUAUGGGAGACUCCAGAUUUUUAAGUGGAAAGUAA